CGCAAACUCGUCGCGUUCAUCGAAUUUAUUAGGUACACUAAUAAAUUAGGCGGCAUUCCUCGAUUACCCAGCCAUGCUUCCUAUCGUUUAGAUCUCGUUCGAAAGCUUCGGCCAAAGCAACCAGAUUACUCGAAAGGCAAGUUCUACAUCGGCCAAGUGGCGAAGGAUCGAAGAAGAUCGCGGGGUCAGGGGCGAUUCGCGUGCGACAACUGCGACCGGCGUUAUCACGAAAUGAAGAAUCUGAGAAGGCACAUGAUUAACGAGUGCGGCAAACAACCGAUGCACCAGUGCAUCUUUUGCCCGUACAGAGCGACCUAUAGGUCGUAUCUUCAGGUGCACAUGAUGAAACACGCCAGGCAAGGAUUUACGCCGCGAACAGCGAACGUCAGGCAACACAGGGACUCCUGAGCGACCCGAUCACGGACCAAACCUCGCGAAAUAUCGUUACGGGGAUCGAAGUUCGUUCGUUGCUUCGGCUCCCGAGCGCGCAGGCUAACGCGCGGAAGAAACGAGAACAGAGAAAAUAGUGACGAAAGGGGAGAGAACGAAAGGAAGAGAGCUAUCUAUCGUAGGUGCUAUUAAGAGAGGUAUUCCGAGUACGCGCGCGUUAGCGAGUCCGUCUUUGUGACUUUCGUAAACUGGACGACCAAAGGUGGCACGAAUCGAAUAAAAGUCUGUCACGUACCGUAACCGAACCACUGUCUCUGUCUCUCGUGCGUUAAUCACCCCAUUCCGCAUAAAACCGCAUCCUCGUAUCACUCUUGCCUCGUUUUGUCCUUCGUCGGAUCGUUCGAGGAGUAAGACCGUACGAGACGAGUCGGCGCGUCGCAACUAAAUCGGAACUAAACGAGAGUGUUUCCGCGCGGAUUAGGAGCAUCUUCGACUAACCGAGAUCGUCUCGUGUCUG